CUUGGUAAGGUAUUGGUCACUUUGCUGCGUGUUGUCUCCCGACGGAGUGGCAGUCGAGUGUAACGGCCUAACCUCACCUGGCAUGACCCUAACCCUCGUACUGCCUCCGCCGCUGACCCCGCCGACACGCCCCUCGUUCACUGCCUACACUGCCAGCCCCACCUUGACCUCGUCUGCGCAUACCUUCACAACUGCUUCGACUAGUGACGCUGACUGCUGGCUACCUAACUCAUCUUCGCUCAUCUAAAUCACAUCCUCUCGAACCCAAUCUCAUCCAUCUGACUGCUUCUUUUCU